GCACAGCCUGCCCGGUCCUCUGUUGGGAAAACGUGGAGAACGUAAUUUGACUAUCACGGGGCUCCGGAGAUCCAGUCUGUCAAGUUAAAAAGUAUGGAGUAUAUGCAAGCUCCUGCUAGCAGCAGCCAGGGAAACAUCCUGUGCUGUACCUGUGGUGUCCCCAUCCCUCCCAACCCUGCCAACAUGUGCGUUGCCUGUCUGCGAACUCAAGUCGACAUCUCAGAGGGAAUUCCCAAACAAGUCACAGUGCACUUCUGCAAGCAGUGUGAACGGUACCUUCAACCACCAGCCACCUGGUUGCAGUGUGCUCUGGAGUCCAGGGAGCUGCUGGCUCUCUGUCUUAAAAAACUUAAGAGCUCAAUGACCAAAGUGCGUCUCAUUGAUGCUGGCUUCCUGUGGACGGAGCCGCACUCCAAGAGGAUUAAGAUGAAACUGACCGUUCAGAAAGAGGUGAUGAAUGGCGCCAUCCUUCAGCAGGUGUUUGUGGUGGAGUUUGUCAUUCAGUACCAGAUGUGUGACGACUGCCAUCGUGUGGAGGCCAAAGACUUCUGGAAAGCAGUGGUCCAAGUUAGGCAGAAGACUGUUCAUAAAAAGACCUUCUACUAUCUAGAGCAGCUGAUCCUAAAGCAUAAACUCCACCAGAAUGCUCUCAACAUCAAAGAAAUUCAUGAUGGGAUCGAUUUUUACUACGGCUUCAAGCAGCACGCGCAGAAGAUGGUUGACUUCUUGCAGUGCACCGUGCCCUGCAGGUGUAAAACGUCUCAGCGCCUCAUCUCUCAUGAUAUUCAUUCCAACACCUACAACUAUAAGAGCACUUUCUCUGUAGAAAUUGUUCCUGUGUGCAAGGACAAUGUUGUGUGUCUUUCACCGCGGCUGGCGCAGAGCCUGGGGAACAUGGGUCAAAUCUGCGUCUGCGUUCGUGUGACCAGCACCAUCCAUCUCAUCGAUCCCCGCACGCUGCAGAUUGCGGAGGUGGAUGGGAACACGUACUGGCGUAGCCCCUUCAACAGUCUCUGUAGCCCGCGGCAACUGGAGGAGUUCAUCGUUAUGGACAUCGACAUCAUCCGAGACCAGAAGCUGGGUGCUGGAGCUGGCAUGAGGUCCAACAAGCACACCCUGGCUGAGGUGUGGGUCCAGAAAACAUCAGAGAUGGAUACAAGUCAACAGUACCACUGUCGCACCUUCCUGGGCCACCUGCUAAACAUCGGAGACAUGGUGCUGGGUUACGACUUUGCCAACUCCAACAUUAACGACGAGUUCCUGAACAAGAUGAACCCUCACCAUGUUCCUGAUGUGGUGCUGAUCAAGAAGAGCUACGACCGCAGCAGGAGAGUGAAGCGCAGGAACUGGAAACUACAGGAGAUGGCCAGAGAGCGCGAAGUCACGGAGUCAGAUGAUGAAAAGCAAUACCAAGACUUCCUGGAGGACCUGGAGGAAGAUGAAGCUUUGAGAAAGAAUGUCAACAUCUACAGGGAUGCCUCAAAGAUCCCAGUGGAGAGCGACACAGAUGAUGACGGAGCGCCUCGUAUCUCCCUGAUGGAGAUGCUGGAGGAGCUUAGUCUGGAUGAUGCCACAGGAGCAGAGGGUGCCGACAUGAUGACCGAUUAACCAGCUGUUUCUCUGCCUACAUUGCACCUACCAUUGAUUUAUCUUAUUUCAGGUCUGGUGUUGAUGAUAUAAUUACAGAAUGCUUGAUUUUGACCUGGCAGCAGAUUCAGGACUGGUUAUAUUUGGAAAUGGGGGGAAUCCAUUGAGUUUCUAACUCACGGCGAUAAAGAACUGGGUCUCAAAGACACAAUCUCUAGACCAAAAAGAGAAGUUUCUUCAGCCACUUCUGCAGCACCUUUUGUCAUAAUUUUAAAUUGCAUAUACUGGUAAAUACAGUGCUUCUAAUAAAUAUUUGCCCCCACAC